UAAAAUAUAUUAUCCCCCUAACCAAAACAAAACUAGCAGAGAGAUCGCGAACCUAUGUAUUUUUAAAACCGCUCCAAGGCGCGCGUUCAAUUUAUCGGACUAUCGGCCAAAGCUGCGACAGCAAGUGCCAUCACUUCCGAUUUGGACUUAACUUAGAACGUAAACAACUGCGUACACGGAUAAAUUUUUAGGAAAGCGGAGCGGCAGGGCAAGAGCACGAACCACAGCCAGCACACCUACACAGGCACAGCCACAGAUCUCAACCAGCAUCGAUGGACGUGGACGAGGAUAGUGUGGCCAAUGGGGCGGCGUCCGCCCGCAAGCGUCAGCGCCGCAAUGCGGACUCCGGCGACACGAGCGGACAUGUCGAAGCAGAGGCACAUCGGAUUGGCGAUGAGAAACCUGUCAGCGCAGAAGAUUCCGUACUGGACAGCGGCGGUAACAACAAUAAUAAUAACGAUAAGGGCGACAUGAUGCGCAAGGAGCAGGCAAAGGCAUCUGAGGAUAAGCAGGAACAGCCAGAGGCUGUUCCAAAGGAAGAGGUGGCAGGUCCCUCUUACCAGAUGUGUCAGUUAUCGUCAGAGGCCGCCGUUGCCGUGCUGGCCAACAACAAGAGAAGCCACACUUGCAGUGCCACCACCACCGAUAGCGAUGAUGAGGAGGAGGAGGUGCUGGCGGAGCAGCAGCCGGUGGUGGCACUGGAUGAGACUGCCACAGACACGUGGCCGCGGUUCAACCAGCGCAAUAUCCCGCGCACACGGUCCUAUCGCCGCUUUAGCGUGGAGCUGUUGGCCACGGUUACCGACUCUAGUAGCGAUAGCAGUGAUUCCAACGAUCCAGCAGAGGCGGCGCCGCUGCUAGAGCCUGCUGACGCAGAGAGCGAGGUGGAAGAGGCAGCCCAAGAAGUGGAUAAUGCAAAUUCCAUUUCUUCCAGUUCUUCCAGCAACAGUGAUGCCAUCUGGCGUCGCUACGACUUCUCCACCGAUAGCCAGUCAACCAUCGAGCAGGAGGACGACGGUGUAGAGUUCCACGACAUGGAGCCCAACGCUGCCGAUCGUGCGACCAUCAACAUGGCCGUCACUGAGGUGAUGUGCAAGUGCAAGCCUACGUACAGCUGGACCAGCGUCCAGGAGCUGAUGCAGCGCGAGCACAACAUCAUCAACCGGAUUGGUUGGCGUGGCGGUCAUACUUCAACGCUGAGCUUUGCGCAGGGCUACUACGGCUCCCGUCUGGUGGUUGAGCAGAUGUCGCUACUCCACGAGAUGUCUCAGCACUCGGGUUGUGUCAACUGCCUCAACUUUAAUCGCUUCGGUGACUUGUUGUGCUCCGGGUCCGAUGACCUUAAUAUUAUCGUCUGGGACUGGGCGAAAAACGAGCCGCGGCAUAAGUUCCGGUCCGGUCACAGCAUGAAUAUCUUCCAGACUAAGUUCAUUGACAGCGCCGGCUGCUUGGACAUUGUCUCCGCAAGCCGGGAUGGGCAAGUGCGUCGGGCCGUUGUCCCGCCCUCUGGGGGUGUUACCAAGCCUACGCGCCUCUACUCGCACUCGGAUGCGGUGCACAAGAUCGUUGUCGUUCCGCUCAGUCGCCAUGAGGUGAUGAGUGCUGGCGAAGAUGGGGCCAUCAAGCACUUUGAUCUGCGCACGAGCACCGAAGCCACCACAAUGACGCGCUGCGUCCAUCGUAGCCGGAAUGAUCGUGGCGGCAGACAGAGAGACCGAGUGCGGCUGUUCAGUAUCGCGCACCAUCCGUUUGCGCCGGAGUUCUGCGUUAGCGGGUCGGACGACAAUUUGCGGGUGUAUGACAAGCGUAAGCUUACGAAUCCCAUCCAUGAGAUGACCCCGCGGCAACUUAAGGAAACCAAGAUCACGCAGAUUACCUGUGCCGUUUACAACCACAGUGGCAGCGAGAUCCUGGCCUCCUACAGCGAUGCGGGCAUCUAUCUGUACGACAGCCGCAACUACACGGAUGGCGAGACCCUGCACUGUUACGAGGGUCAUGUCAACAGUCGAACCAUCAAGGGCGUAAACUUCUUUGGCUCCCGAUCCGAGUAUAUUGUCAGUGGCAGCGACUGCGGCAACAUUUUCUUCUGGGAGAAGAACAGCGCAGCGAUCGUUAACUUCAUGAAGGGGGACCAUGCCGGUGUGGUUAACUGUCUGGAGCCGCACCCUUGGAUGCCAGUACUAGGUACCUCGGGACUGGAGCAUAAGGUCAAGAUCUGGACGCCAAACGGACCUGGGAACGUCCCUGAUGCCGACAAACUGAAGCAACUACUGCAGCGUAAUUUCCGUCGCAAUGUAGUGGACACCGACUUUAACAUCAAUCAGUUCCAAUACUUUAUCCGUCAGUUCCUGGAGUCCAGUCCAGGCCCCCGUAGAAAUCGGCGUGCUCGACAUUCCGAGCAAGAGCAGGAGGUCCAUCACGACGCCCGCCAGCAACACCACGGCGAUAACAGCAGCAGCACUACCACUAGCAACGACUCCAGCCCUUCUCAUCUGGCCUCGCAACAGCAGCGGCGCCGCAGUAGCAGCAGCAGUUCCGACGACACAAAUGGUCACGGAGAAGCCGCCGCUGCUGCCUUGGACACGCUGCGUUGCCGCACGCAGUGAUGCUGUGUGUCUCCAAAGACCCCGCCGUGGAUGCAGCUUCUAAAGCCCAGCGUCCUCGGUCCACCUUUUGUUCGAUUGAAAGCGUUUCUGAAGCUGUGAAUUUUUAAUCGUGUAACACAUAAGUGCGCAUAUAUUAAUUUUUAAAAUGGUUUAAUAAACACCCACUGAGAUGACAAA